UCAGGGGAAACAGGAGUUGGCUACAGCACAGGCAAUCCAUCGUCCCUACCGGAGAAGCUGUCCUUUUCUCUGCAAGCUGAGAGGAUCCCAAGGAGAUGAAGGCUUAUCUAAUCAUUUUGCUGGCCGCGGUCCUGUGGGCAGAGAGAGCUCACUCACUGCAUUGCCACGUGUGCAACACCACAACGGCGAACACCUGCACGAAUCCCGUCAAUUGCUCAACCGCUGAUCGUUACUGCACGACAUUUAUUAGAAAUGGCUCCACUCCUGACUAUGUCCUGGAGAAGAGAUGUUCCCCAUCGUGCCCACUCUCUACAAUGAUUAAAACUCUUGCCACGCCCCAAUCUUCUUUUCUCUGCUGCCAGGAAGAUUUGUGCAAUGGGGUGGGUGACAUAAGAAUCAGCUUCCCGGCAUUGGCAAUGAGCAUCUUUGCCGGCUUUGUUGUCACCUUUGUCAGGACGGGAGUGUGAUCUGCUGGGCAGAGAGGGGGUUUCCUUGCUGAACCCACCCAGGGAGAGACGACAUCUCCUCUUUGCAAUGCAUCCCACCGGGAUUAACACUGGGCCUUUUCUAUCAAGUGUCAUCUUGGAUCUCAUCACUAAGCUUCUCUACCACCUUUCCCGCCUCGGUCACUGGGUGGAACUCCACGUCACUCAGUGGAACCAGAAGGUUUUCUCUCAUGUCCUUGGGGUUGGAGACUUAGGCACUCAGCUGGACUGUGCACAUUUUGAAUCCACUAGUGGCGCCUGGGGCACGUUGACCAAUGCUAUAUAGGGUAGGUUAGAAUCAUAGAAUAUCAGGGUUAGAAGGGACCUCAGGAGGUCAUCUAGUCCAACCCCCUGCUAAAGCAGGACCAAUCCCCAGACAGAUUUUUGCCCCAGAUCCCUAAAUGGCCCCCCUCAAGGAUUGAACUCACAACCCUGGGUUUAAUAGGCCAAUACUCAAACCACUGAGCUAUCCCUCCCCCUUUAUUUAACCCCCUAUGUCCUGGUGAAUGUGCUGAAGAAAUAAAGCUCGGGACUCACUGAUGUUUAUGCCCCUGAAAA